GGGAAAGGGAAGGAGAGAGGGAGAGAAUAUCAGUGUAUGGCUGCUUCUCCUGUGUCCCCUACUGGGACCUGGCCUGCAACCCAGGCAUGUGCCCUGACUGGGAAUCGAACCACGAUCCUCUGGUUCGCAGUGUUUCUGGAGCGAGGAGGGGACUUAGAAUACGGUGCUGGCGGUAGAAAUGGAAGCGGGAGUGAGAACCGAGGACGCCCGCUGCUCCCCGCCCAGUCCUGGGCUUUAAAGGGGCUCUCCAGCGGCGGGAGCCCGCAGUCCCUCCUGAGCGCCUCCCACCCGCCGCCUGCCUUCCCGGGCGCCGCCACUGCUCCCCGACCGCCCGCCCUGCCCUGCCCCCGAGCUGGCGCGGGCCGGACGAACGGCUGGGCAGUUCGGCGACGGGGCCCGCGUUGGGAGCCGCAGUCAGAUUUGAGCCCCGGAAGGUGUAGUCCGCUCCUCCCGAGACUGAAGAGGCUUCCCUCCGCCGAAGCCGGGGCUUCCGAGGAGUGGGCGCUCCUGCGCGUCCCCACAGCGCGACCCCCGACAUGCGGGGAGGCAGAGGCCGUUCAGGAGGGGCAGCUGCCUCCAACGGCCUCGGCUUCUGGGGGAAGGGCUGUGCGCUGCCCGGCCUCCCAUAACCCGGAGGUCGACCUCGGUGCUCCCUGGAGGGGUGCCCUGCUCACGUGCUUGCCAGCCGCUGGGACGAGGAAGAGAAAAGAAAUGAGCCGCCAGACCGCAACAGCGCUGCCUACUGGGACCUCCAAGUGCACGCCGUCCCAGCGGGUGCCCGCCCUGACGGGCACCACUGCGUCCAACAAUGACCUGGCCAGCCUUUUUGAGUGUCCUGUCUGCUUCGACUAUGUGCUGCCGCCCAUUCUGCAGUGUCAGAGUGGCCACCUCGUCUGCAGCAACUGUCGCCCGAAGCUCACAUGCUGCCCCACCUGCCGCGGCCCCUUGGGGUCCAUCCGCAACUUGGCCAUGGAGAAAGUGGCCAACUCGGUACUCUUCCCUUGUAAAUACGCCUCUUCGGGCUGCGAGAUCACGCUGCCCCACACGGAGAAGGCAGACCACGAGGAGCUCUGUGAGUUCCGGCCAUACUCCUGCCCGUGCCCCGGGGCGUCCUGCAAGUGGCAGGGCUCCUUGGACGCCGUCAUGCCGCACCUGAUGCACCAGCACAAGUCCAUCACCACCCUGCAGGGGGAGGACAUCGUCUUCCUGGCCACGGACAUCAACCUGCCCGGCGCCGUGGACUGGGUGAUGAUGCAGUCCUGCUUCGGCUUCCACUUCAUGCUGGUGCUGGAGAAGCAGGAGAAGUACGACGGGCACCAGCAGUUCUUCGCCAUCGUGCAGCUGAUCGGCACGCGUAAGCAGGCUGAGAACUUUGCUUACCGGCUGGAGCUCAACGGUCACAGGCGGCGAUUGACUUGGGAAGCCACUCCGCGGUCUAUUCAUGAGGGGAUUGCAACAGCCAUUAUGAAUAGUGACUGCCUAGUCUUUGACACCAGCAUCGCACAGCUUUUUGCAGAAAAUGGCAAUUUAGGCAUCAAUGUAACUAUUUCCAUGUGUUGAAAUGGCAAUCAAACAUUUCCUGGCCAGUGUUUAAAACCAUUGCAUUCAACUUCACAGAGAACAGGCACCCUUCCGCCUGCCGACCAGAGACUUUGGGCGGGCGGGCGGGCGGGGCUCGUCACAUGAAGGGAAAUGAAAGGAGAGGCUGUUAAAUCUGGGAGACAGUUGCAUGUAGUAACACUAAUAUAUUUAAAAUAAGUCAACAGUAAACCACUGAAAAAAUAUAUAUAUAUAUACACCCAAGAUGGGCAUCUUUUGUAUUAAGAAAGGAAGCAUUGUAAAAUAAUUCUGAAUUUGUGUUCGUUGCAGGUUGAGUGUCCUGUUGGAAAUACUGGGUUUCAUUUUUUUCCCCUGUGGGAGUGUGUGCGUGUGUGAGCGUGUGCGUGUGUGAGCGUGUGCACGUCCAGGUUUCCUGUAACUGACAAGCCAUGUGAGUGGUCUCAGGCCACUGCUUUCCCCCUCUGAGUCGGUGCAUAGUGCUGCUGUGUGUGUGUGUUUGCUCAUUUUUAUUAAUUCUAGUUUUUCAUUAAAUAAAUUUGAGUUUCUUUUCUGUAAUUCAGGCUUUUCCCAAUUUUUUUGUACCUUUUUAAAGUUAGUGUCUUUUUGAUAUGCAUAAUUGUUUAUGGUCAAGUUUAUACAUGUGUGCUCCAUAAUAUUUUUUUCUCCCCAUUAAUCAGUUAAUUAGACUUUAAAUUCAGCUAUUUUUGUGAAGCGUUCCAGAAAGGAGAGGUGACAUUGGAAGAAUUAUCAGAGGCUAUUUGAAGCAGCUAUAAGACAGUCAUUCUUUCUCUCUUUUUCUCCAGUUGAGUCAGAUCUUCAGGCGUAUUCUUUGAAAGCUUAGAAUAUACUGAUUUUUUUAAAACACUAAGAAAAAUAGGCUAUUUUUUUUUCAAAUAUUUUGGACAAAUCACAUGUUUAAAAUUUGUUCUUGUAUUUAUUGGUUUUGAAAAAGAAGGCAUUGUCUUACACAGUAUUUGUAAUUAAAAGCAAAUCAUUUGUUUUAAAAAAUGGCAGUUUGCAAAAAAAAUGUUUGUGGUCUUUUAUAAUUCUCAUUAAAAGAAUAUC